CUAGUUCCUGGGGCGAGGGCGGGUACCCUAGAACUUCCCUGGUGGGAAACAGAACGGUGAGGUUUUUGAAAACCGGUGUGAUACUCCGAAACACUUGAUCUGAGCGAACAAAAUGCCGUGAACUAAUUAGUCCCCGAUUUCUGUAGUUCUUAGUAAGAACUUUGAUCUUUUUUCUCCUUGGUAUUUUUUUAUACAGUAGAAGUUUAAACUUGUGAACAUUCUGUUACCUUUUUUUUCCCCGAGGGGUUGGGGAGGAAAAGGAGAGAGAAUCUGAAGCAGGCUCCACACUCCCGUGUGGACGUGACACUCGGUCUCGCCACCCUGAGGUCCUGAGCUACCCUGAGGUCAAGAGUCACAUGCUUACCCGAGCCACCCAGCUGCCCCCUGCGCUUUUUAAACUAGAGUGAGCUCUCUGAGAAGAAUUUUGGAGUAGGAGGUGAGAGCAGCUGCGUGUCUGGGGAUCUGUUCAGGCCCCGGGAGCACAGCAGGCAUCGAGGCCCUGGGCUUGUCUGGUGAGGGGCAAGGUGGUAACCGAGGUGGAGAUCCACGGCACGGCGGAUGAGUGAGGAGAGCCCGGAGACUGUAGCAGGGCCUGAGAGCAGCGAGGUGGUGAGCCGUGCGGCCGAUCCCGAACAGCACUGAGGCCACAGGAGCAGCAAGUGCAGAGGCCCAGAGGGACGCAGCGUGAUGUCUUCCAGGAGCAGGAAGACCAGGCGCGCUGGGGCCGGGUGUGGAGAGGGGGAGGCUGCAGGUGGGUCAGAGCGGAUGUGUCUCCAGCCAGCGGGUGCUUGUGUUCGUCUUAAGCCUUCCAGGUUGGCCCUGGGACGAACCGAGCUUUGACUUACGUUGUAGAGGAUGAGUGGCCCGUGGGGUAGGAGACCGCCGGAAGGUUGGUGCACUGCGUUACGCGGCUGGCGGAGCUGAAGAGUUGAGUGCUUGGGAGGAGGAACUAGUGGGUUUGAGCACCGGUGACCGUGCUGUGGCCAUCCGUGCACGCGGGAACGUGGAGGGUUUGAGGAGGAAGAGGGUGGUUUGUAUGCGUUGAUCGAAAUGUGGGUGAGACGUCACACAGAAGGGCAUGUGGUCUGGAGCUUUAUCUGAGGUCUGGCCUGGAGAUGUCCCUGCACUUAGAUCCACGUGAGGUCACCCAGGAUGUGAGUGAGGACAGAAAAGUGCUCCCGGGAACUCUGAUGUUGGGUGUUGGGUAGGAGCACGAGGCCACAAGAGCUGGAGGCCCUUUGGAUAGAAAGCAUCAAGAAGUGACAUCCAUCCAUUUUAUGCUGAUCUGAUGAACAUUCUCUAUGACAAGGAUCAUUACAAGUUGGCUCUAGGACAGAUAAAUAUUGCCAAAAAUUUAGUGGACAAUGUGGCUAAAGAUUACGUGCGGCUCAUGAAGUACGGAGACUCUCUGUACCGCUGCAAGCAGCUGAAGCGCGCAGCCCUGGGGCGCAUGUGCACCAUCAUCCGGAGGCAGAAGCAGAGUCUGGAGUAUCUGGAGCAAGUGCGCCAGCAUCUGUCCCGUCUGCCGACUAUUGACCCAAAUACGAGGACGCUGCUCCUGUGCGGGUACCCGAAUGUCGGCAAGUCCAGCUUCAUCAAUAAGGUGACGAGAGCCGAUGUGGAUGUCCAGCCCUACGCGUUUACGACCAAGUCCCUGUUUGUGGGGCACAUGGAUUAUAAGUACCUGCGCUGGCAGGUGGUAGAUACGCCGGGGAUCCUGGACCACCCUUUGGAGGACCGGAACACCAUUGAGAUGCAGGCCAUCACGGCGCUGGCUCACCUGCGCGCUGCCGUGCUGUACGUGAUGGACCUGUCUGAGCAGUGUGGGCACGGGCUGAAGGAGCAGCUGGAGCUCUUCCAGAACAUCCGGCCGCUGUUUGUCAACAAGCCUCUGAUAGUCGUGGCGAACAAAUGUGACGUGAAGAGGAUCGCCGAGCUUUCUGAAGACGAUCAGAAAAUAUUCGCAGAUUUGCAGGCUGCAGGAUUUCCCGUGGUUGAGACAAGCACCCUGACGGAGGAGGGGGUCAUGCAAGUGAAAACAGAGGCUUGUGACAGGCUCCUGGCUCAUCGAGUUGAAACCAAAAUGAAAGGAAAUAAGGUGAACGAGGUGCUGAACAGGCUGCAUCUGGCCAUGCCCAGCAAGAGAGACGACAAGGAGAGGCCCCCUUUCAUCCCCGAGGGAGUGGUGGCACGCAGGAAGAGAAUGGACAUCGGGGAGCCCAGGAGGAAGCGGGAGCGAGACCUCGAAGUGGAGCUGGGAGACGAUUACGUUUUGGACCUUCAGAAAUACUGGGAUCUGAUGAAUUCCUCCGAGAAAUACGACAAGAUACCAGAGAUCUGGGAAGGCCACAACGUAGCGGAUUAUAUUGAUCCUGACAUCAUGCAGAAAUUAGAAGAAUUAGAAAAAGAAGAAGAACUCAGGACAGCAGCAGGCGAGUACGACAGCGAGUCUGACAGCGAGGAUGAGGAGAUGGGGGAGAUCCGCCGGCUGGCGAAGCAAAUUCGGGAGAAAAAGAAGCUGAAAAUUCUGCAGUCCAAGGAGAAGAACACACAGGGCCCCAGGAUGCCACGGACCGCUAAGAAGGUUCAGCGGAAAGUCUUGGAGGAUGAGAUGCGCAGUCUUGGUGUGGACAUGGAUGACAAAGACAAUGCCCAUUACGCGGUCCAGGCCAGGAGGUCCCGGAGCGUUACCAGGAAGAGGAAGCGGGAGGACUCUGCCCCACCCCCGUCUGUAGCCCGCAGCCGCAGCUGCUCUCGGCCUCCACGGGAUGUGUCUGGCCUUCGGGACGUCAAGAUGGUGAAAAAAGCCAAAACUAUGAUGAAGAGUGCGCAGAAGAAGAUGAACCGCCUGGGGAAGAAGGGGGAAGCCGACCGACACGUGUUCGAUAUGAAACCCAAGCACUUGCUCUCCGGAAAGCGGAAAGCUGGGAAGAAGGACCGGCGGUAGCGGCCUCCGCCGCGGCGGCAUUCUGGCAGGGCGGGGGGGCCCGGCCUUUUCUGGUGGGGGGUCCCGGCCUGUAGACUGCAGAGAGUGAGGACAUCCGGAGCUCUGCCUGCUUCGCUGUCUGCAGGGUGCGCGGCUGCCGGACGUUGGUGCUGCCCCAGCACUGGUCUUCUGAGGGCGUGGUGGGUUCUGUGUUUAGGGAGUUCUGAUCGCUUCAGGUCUGCAGAACUGGAAAGAUUGACUGACGUGAAUGUGUGUUUUGAAGGAGAAAAAUCUUACUCCUUUCUGCAACCGAGGGAACUUUGGUUCAUGUGCAUCGGGUCUUUUUUGAGGAGAGAACACCUCUGCUUGGGGACACAGGCCGCCAGCCGGCCUACUAAGAGCCAGCGCCUGUGCUAGAUGAUUUUCUAGUCCUUUCUCCGCGAUGUGAGUACCCUUGUAAUCUGUCUGCAACUAGCUCAUCCAGAAUAAACCGCUGAAAGAAA